CAAUUCACCAAAAUGUUUUAAUCCCAUAAAGGAGAGCCUGAGGGUCAGAGAAAUCAGUCUCCGGGCUGGAAUGAGAGGUGGGGACGUGGGGGAGUGGAUAGGAUGGUCCCCAUUUCUUUGGAUGUUCUGCAGCAAGCACAGGUGUGCUGCAACAGCCUAAGUGGCCUCUCGGAUGCGGAACGGAGGAACGCAGCAAGCCCCGCUCUUGAAAUUACUUGUUUUCAUUUCUGUUUCUGGUUUCUCAGCUCAUUAUUUCUUUGGAAAUUAGGUCCUGCCAGGGGUUCCCACAGUUUGGGGUAAGAGACGUAGUCCUAGGGUGGGAAGAUAAGCCGGGGGAGGUGAAGGCUGGAAAGAGGCCGAUCUUUGUGGGGAGCACGCAGCAUGUAAGCAUUGGUGCAAUUUUCUCCACCUCACCCCGGCUCCUGGUCUGCCCUUAUCCGCUGAGUUUCCACACUGACUCUCCAUCUCUGUUUUCUCCAGGGAGCCCUACUGUGGAAGCUGUCAGUCCCAGGGCACUGGGGAGGGCUGAGGCCGACCAUGCCCAGCCUGCUGCUGCUGUUCACGGCUGCUCUGCUGUCCAGCUGGGCUCAGCUUCUGACAGACGCCAACUCCUGGUGGUCAUUGGCUUUGAACCCGGUGCAGAGACCCGAGAUGUUUAUCAUCGGUGCCCAGCCCGUGUGCAGUCAGCUUCCGGGGCUCUCCCCUGGCCAGAGGAAGCUGUGCCAAUUGUACCAGGAGCACAUGGCCUACAUAGGGGAGGGAGCGAAGACUGGCAUCAAGGAAUGCCAGCACCAGUUCCGGCAGCGGCGGUGGAACUGCAGCACUGUGGACAACGCGUCUGUCUUUGGGAGAGUCAUGCAGAUAGGUAGCCGAGAGACCGCCUUCACCUACGCGGUGAGCGCCGCAGGCGUGGUGAACGCCAUCAGCCGGGCCUGCCGCGAGGGCGAGCUCUCCACCUGCGGCUGCAGCCGGACAGCGCGGCCCAAGCACCUGCCCCGGGACUGGCUGUGGGGUGGCUGUGGGGACAAUGUGGAGUACGGCUACCGCUUCGCCAAGGAGUUUGUGGAUGCCCGGGAGCGAGAGAAGAACUUUGCCAGAGGGUCGGAGGAGCAGGGCCGGGUGCUCAUGAACCUGCAAAACAACGAGGCCGGUCGCAGGGCUGUGUAUAAGAUGGCAGACGUAGCCUGCAAAUGCCACGGCGUCUCAGGGUCCUGCAGCCUCAAGACCUGCUGGCUGCAGCUGGCCGAGUUCCGCAAGGUGGGGGACCGGCUGAAGGAGAAGUACGACAGUGCGGCCGCCAUGCGCGUCACCCGCAAGGGCCGGCUGGAGCUGGUCAACAGCCGCUUCACCCAGCCCACCCCGGAGGACCUGGUCUACGUGGACCCCAGCCCCGACUACUGCCUGCGCAACGAGAGCACGGGCUCCCUGGGCACGCAGGGCCGCCUCUGCAACAAGACCUCAGAGGGCAUGGAUGGCUGUGAGCUCAUGUGCUGCGGGCGCGGCUACAACCAGUUCAAGAGCGUGCAGGUGGAGCGCUGCCACUGCAAGUUCCACUGGUGCUGCUUCGUCAAGUGCAAGAAGUGCACGGAGAUCGUGGACCAGUACAUCUGUAAAUAGCCGGAGGGCCUGCUCCCGGCCCCCCUGCACUCUGCCUCACAAAGGUCUAUAUUAUAUAAAUCUAUAUAAAUCUAUUUUAUAUUUGUAUAAAUAAAUGGAUGGAUGCUAAAUAAUGAAAAGAUGAAAAUGGAAAGGAAAAGCUUAUUUAAGAGACGCUGGAGAUCUUCGAGGAGUGGACUUUGCUGGUUCUCUCCUCUUGGUGGGUGGGAGAUGGGGCUUUUUCCCUCCCUCUGGCAAGGACUCUCAGGAUGUAGGGACUUGGAAAUCUUUCCCGUCUGUCCACCAUGGCCUAGAGGAGGGAGUUUGUGGUUGGAUGGAGGAGAUGAUCUUGUCUGGAAGUCUAGAGUCUUUGUUGGUUAGAUGACUGCCUGUGACCCUGGCCACUAGGCCAAGAGGCCCUAUGAAGGUGGCGGGAACUCAGCUUCAACCUCGAUAUCUUCAGGGUCUUGCCCAGAAUGUAGUUGGGUUCCAUAAGAGGCCUGGUGCUCUCUUACACUUUCAUUCACGUGUGUAUGUGCAGCAGGAACGGCUCCUUCCCUAAAAUAAGGAGAAGUCCAAGGUCAUCUCUGGCCCAGUGACCACAGAGAGAUCUGCACCUCCCGGACUUCGGGCCUGCCUUUCCAGCGAGAAUUCUUCAUCCUCCACAGUUCACUGGCUCCUACCUGAAGAGGAAAGGGGGCCGUUUGACCUGACAUGUCAGGAAAGCCCUGAACUGAAUGUUUGCGCCUGGGCUGCAGAAGCCAGGGUGCAUGACCAGGCUGCGUGGACGUUACACUGUCUUCCCCCACGGGGAGGGGAAGCUUGAGCUGCUGCUGUCACUCCUCCACCGAGGGAGGCCUCACAAACCACAGGACACUGCAACGGGUCAGGCUGGCGGGCCUGGCGCGCUCAUCAUCUCUGCCCCAGGUGUACGGUUUCUCUCUGACAUUAAAUGCCCUUCAUGGAG